AUGUAUCGUGCCAUCACUAGUGCGUACUAUCGAGGGGCGGUUGGUGCACUGCUGGUCUAUGAUGUCACCCGCCACAUAACAUUUGAGAAUGUGGAGAGGUGGCUCAAGGAGCUGCGCAACCACACUGAUGCCAACAUCGUGAUCAUGCUCAUGGGGAAUAAGGCUGACGUUCGCCACCUGAGGGCUGUCUCCACCGAGGAAGGCAAGGCCUUUGCAGAGAGAGAGUCCACAUAUUUCAUGGAGACAUCAGCCAUGGAAUCAACUAAUGUUGAGAAUGCCUUCACUGAGGUGCUCACACAAACAUAUCGAGUUGUAAGCAGGAAAGCCCUUGAUGUUGGAGAAGAUCCUGUGGCUGCGUCAUCCUUGAAAGGCCAGACCAUCAACAUGGGUGGCAAGGAUGAUGUUUCUGCAAUGAAGAAUGUGGGCUGCGGCUCAACAUAG